UGGCUCUCACCUUAACACACUUGUAACGAACCGGAUGAUUCCCCAUGUCCUUUCCCUUUGCCUUGUGCUGAGCUCCGCAAAUGAUGGCUGCGUCGGCCCGUCUCUUGUGCAGAUCCGGCGCCAAAGGAGCAGGGUGCCUAUCGCGCUGGUGAAAACCCACAAGACUGGUGGGAGUACAUUGGCAAACAUUUUGUUCAGGUUGGCAGGGGCGCAGAACUCUUCCGUCAUGAUGCCCAGCUGCAAAGAGCCUCAAGCUGGGCUACCCCCUAGCCUUUCCCGGGGAAAACGCCCAGCGCCUGCACGAAGGAAGCCUCUUCGAUAUGAUCCUCAACCACGCUGUCUUCAAUGCUACUGCCUUCGCAUCCUUCCUGAAGCCGUCGCCGUUCUUUGUUUCUAUUUUGCGACAGCCUGAGAGCCAGCUGCGGAGCACCUUCAAUUUUUUUGACAAGUGGACGUCGAUCGACGACUUUGUGAGGAUGCUCGAUGCCGGACGGCACGAGCAGCCUGUCUACCACUACGUGAACUUCCAGGCAAAUGACUUGGGCUUCUACGAGGCCGGAGGACGGCCAAACUCCUCCUCAGAGGAGGUGAAGUCCUGGAUCGCGGCGCUGAAGCAGAGCUUCGAGUUUCCGAGAGGCUUGAUGAUGAUCACAGAGUUCUUUGACGAGGGCCUGGUCUUGCUGAAGCAUCGCUUGAACCUGGAUCUUCCGGCGGUAACCUACAUCGAAAUGAAGAAGCAUGAGGGGGCCUAUGAGGAGUUUAACGCGACAACUCUCGAAUGGCUCCGCGCGCAUGCCGCCAACAUUGACCUUCAGCUAUACCGGCAUUUCAACGAGUCCUUCCAGGAGCUUUGGGCGGGCCACGUCUCCGAGGACUUGGCCGCCCUGCGGCGUGCAAAUGCGCGCAUGGCGGAGGCCUGUGCUGAAACUGAUUGCCCGGAGGAGAUGACCAUCGACGCGGGUUGGAACAUCAGCUACGCGAACCGCUUCCGGCGCCGUCAGGGCUUGGCAGUAUGCGACCCGAGCCGACGGCGGAGGGCAGUCUUGGAUGAAUGAAUACCCGAACGGCUCUUUAUCCUUGAGAA